CAACCGUGUGGAGGCUUGGACCAGAGAUGUUGAUUUUUUGCUUCAGCAAGAAGGCAGACCUGUGGCUAAACUCAUAGGUAACAAGACAUACGUAAGAGUCAUGCAAAAAGAUUGGAAGGUUACUGAAGAAGCAGCAAAUUGGAUAAAAAAUAAUGCAACUAAACUAUCGCAGCCCUUUGCUCUGUAUCUUGGACUAAAUUUGCCUCACCCAUAUCCUUCACCAUCCUCAGGAGAAAAUUAUGGGGGAUCCACAUUUCUCACAUCUCCAUAUUGGCUACAGAGGGUGUUUUAUGAUGCCAUAAAGAUUCCAAAAUGGCCUCCAUUUUCAGAGAUGCACCCAGUUGAUUAUUAUUCUACUUACACUAAGAACUGCAGUGGGCAAUUUACACAAGAAGAAAUCAGAAAUAUUCGAGCACAUUAUUAUGCCAUGUGUGCAGAAACGGAUGCCAUGCUUGGUGAGAUAAUUUCUGCUCUAAAUGAAACAGGACUGCUUGGAAGAACUCACAUAAUAUUUACUGCAGAUCAUGGAGAACUUGCUAUGGAACACAGACAGUUUUAUAAAAUGAGCAUGUAUGAAGCAAGUUCCCAUAUUCCCCUCCUUAUAAUGGGUCCAAAUAUUAAGUCACAGUCCAUAUCAAAUAUGGUGUCCCUUGUGGAUAUCUAUCCUACCAUGCUUGACAUUGCAAGUAUCCCCAUUCCAAAAAACCUCAGCGGAUAUUCACUGAUGACUUUGAUAUUAGAAAAGGGAGAGUAUAAAGCCCUAUCUAGAAGGCUCCGUCCUCCUUGGAUUCUGAGUGAGUUUCAUGGCUGCAAUGUGAAUUCUUCAACCUACAUGCUGCGAAUUGACAAGUGGAAAUACAUUGCUUAUUCAGAUGGCCACUCCGUAUCUCCUCAGUUGUUUGAUCUUUCAACGGACCCAGAUGAACUAACAGAUGUAGCCACAAAGUUUCCAGCAAUCACACAAUCUUUGAACAAGAAGCUAUACCAUAUAAUUAACUAUCCAAAAGUCUCUACCGCUGUUGAACAAUAUAAUAAACAGCAAUUUAUUAGCUGGAAGCAAAGUUUAGGGCAAAACUAUUCAGAUACAAUAGCUAACCUCAGAUGGCAUCGGAGCUGGAAAAAGAACCCAAAGAAAUGUCAACAUGCCAUUGACACAUGGAUUAAUGAAUGAAUUAGUAAGAUUUCCGACAAUAUAUGUAGUUCAAGCUUAUCAGCUCCUGACUCUCUAUUCCUACAGUAUGGCACUCAGAAGAUAAGAAACAUUCUAUUUCCUUUUGACUGAGAUUCUCCAAGUGGUGACUUGUAACAGCCAUACAAUGUGGGUCCUUGGUGGUCUCUGAGCUUGGUUGCUUGCUUGCAGAUAGUUCAUUACAUAUGCAUAUGUAUAUGCAUACAUGCAAACAAAACAAUGUUUGGUUUUGGUGUUGUAUAAAUCCAGUCCAGUGUUUAUUUAAUAAGUUAUGAAUUAAGCAUGGCUUAGUGUGAGAUACAAAUACAGUCUAUAUCUAACAUAAAAUAAAGUAUGGUUAGUCUAAAUUGUGA